AUGCGGCGCGGUAUUGGUGUGGCACAUGUUCAGAACAAGAAGGAGACGCAGCGGCAGAUGACAGACCUGGGAGCGCAAAUUACAGCUGAGCGGGUCGGGCAGAUAGCAGAUGAGCUGGAAAGCCUCAAAGACCACCUGCGCAUCCUCGCACAGAAGCAUAAAGAGGAGAUCAAGCAUGACCCGGUUGCCCGCGCACGAUUUCGGCAGCUUGCAGAGUCGCUCGACGUUGACCUUAUCUCCUCUAAGAAGAACGUGUUUGCAGGGAUGCUGGGACUGGGCGACUUCUACUACGGUCUUGCCAGUAGGGUGGUCGAGGUGUGCAUUAAGGAACGGAAAUUUUGUGGCUCGUAUGUCCCGCUACAGCGUAUUGUGCAGCUGAUGAAGAAGCGCUACACUUCGGAUGGUAAGGGUGGCAAUCGCAACGACAUCACGGAAGGCGAUGUGUGCAUGGCGCUGGAUAAGCUGCAUGUUCUGGGGGACGGCUACAACGUAGUAAAGCUUGGUGGCGUAAAGUACAUUCAGACAACACCCGACGGGAGCCGCAGCGCCGACGAUGUGCCAUUGCUCGACAGUGUGUUGAGCAAGCGGGCCGAAGCGGUUGCGGCAUAUCGCGCGUCCAACGCGAAGAACGAACCCAGGUCGAAGGGCGGUGUGGUGUCUGCUACGCGCGUGGGGGCAGGGAUCAUUCCGUGGUAUCGUGGUGCGGCUCCUGGUGCUGAUGCCAGCGAGAGCGACCACGAGAGUGACUACUCCAACGUCCCUCUCGAUGUUCAGUGCGUGGCGCUCACUCAGUGGCAGCUCGAAGAGCGGCUGAUGUGGCGCCCGCACCGCGUGCAGGCGGUCCUAGAGCGGAUGGUGCAGAACGGGUCAGUGUGGGUAGAGAAGCCGGCCAAGUGGGGCACGGCAAUGUUGACGGGUGAUGACGACAGCUUGGCGUGGGGCUCCGCGAUGACCGCGACGGAGGUGCGCGAGGGGGAGAUGGUGUACUGGUUUAUCGCCCUCGUGCUCCAGGACGACGGUGCAUUGUAG